AUGGCGAGAGUUUCCAGGCUUGGACCAGAAUGGACUAGAAUGCUGUCCAAGGCUCGAGUUGGUCCGACACGCCCAGCGAAUGAUCAGCGGCAGGACGGGGAUUUCUGCGACCUGACAUCACAACCCGGUUCAAGCCAACGGAAAAGCCUGGUGGAGCCCGGACCGCCAUGUAUCGGGCGAGGCGAUCGUACACUUUGUGUUGUCGAGCGCACGGGCAAGCCUGAAGAACUUCUUGGGUCAUCUGGAUCCAAUCACCACGCUCUCCCGAAAAUGAAGCUCAAAUCAGAAUCGUGCGACGCGAUGGGCCUCCCUGCAUCGACCCCCCAAAAGACCAACAACCAACCAAAGGAGAGUGAAAAACCCUCCUCCUCAGCAACAGGGCGACAGGUCAAGCAGCGACCCGGUUGGCUCAACGCCGACGGUGGACCUUGUCGUGUCACCACUGCAUUUCCAAGAGAAAAAGAUCCUCGCGAGACUCUCGACACGCACCCCCAUCACGCUGCACUCUCAUCCCCCAGUCUUCUUUCCACGGGAAGUCCAAGCGAACCCACAGAGUAUCCUCACCAUGUAUCUGCAAAGGUUGAGAGUUUCCCUAUCCUCAGGCGUUAA